UGGGCAUCACGUGCUCUGAGGCCAGAUGAUGGCCGGAGCUGGGGAAGAUUCGCGAGCGCUCUUCAGGGCUGGCGUCCGUGCGGCGCUGGAGGCUUGGCCGGCCUUGCAGAUCGCCGUGGAGAAUGGCUUCGGGGGCGUGCACAGCCAGGAGAAGGCCGAGUGGCUGGGGCGUGCCGUGGAGGAGUACUUCUUUAGCAACGCUGACUUGGAGCUAGAUGAGGUGGAAGACUUCCUCGGGGAGCUCAUGACGAAUGAAUUUGAUACGGUUGUGGAGGAUGGGAGUCUGCCCCAGGUGAGCCAGCAGCUACAGACCAUGUUCCACCACUUCCAGAGGGGUGAUGGGGCUGCUCUGAAAGAGAUGGCCUCCCACAUCACCCAGAGAAAGUGCAGGGUCAGAGCCACUGCAGUUACAACAGCCAGAGAGACGGAUGAGGAUGAUGUGGACAGCAUGGAGGAGAUGGAGGUCACAGCUAUGAAUGAUGGGGCAGCUACAGAUGGGGUUUGUCUCCAGCCUGAAUCCUCUGGUCCAGACUCCCAGACUAUUAAAGAAGAGGAUAUAGUGGAAGAUGGCUGGACCAUUGUCCGGAGAAAGAAAUGAGUGGGGCUGGAAACGGUUGGGCCCUUGCUUGCUAGUUGCUUUGACACUUGUUUGGAGGGGUUUGGGGGAGGGUUGUGGACUUCUGUCCUGGUUGCCCCAUCUCCACCCUCUCCUUGUCCCCCUUUCCAGUUUCGUCUGGGGAAGAAGAGCUUUAGGGUCCUUGCUCUUGAGGUAGUGGGACCUAGUUCACCACACUCCCUUGGGCCUGGUUACUGUCUGCACAAUGAGGCCUGGUUUCCUAGCACAUCACCUCUUGGAUGUAGUCAGUGUGAAGAGGGAGGGAUGAGUGGGUAUGGGUGUUACUGGAGGAGAAACUAAAUACUGGUUGACAGUGGCCAGGUGGAUUUGUGAAGGAGAGGACCAGCAGGAGAACCAGUACUCCUGCUGGGUCAGGCGUGUUGAGAUAACAUGUAGACCAGAAGCAAGAUGAGGUGAAGAUAGGAACGAAAAUAGCUAUGGUACCUCUCCCUCUUUUCCACUUCCUCCCUUCCCCCAUACAUACACAGAGCAGCUCUGUACCCCUGCCCAGAAAUUGGAACCUCCCAGGAGCACUCCCUUCCUGCAGCCCAGCCCCCAGCCCUGGGUUCCUUUAGGAAGUCUAAGAUUUGGGCUAGGUGGUGAACUCGGGGGAACUGGGCUUUGUUUUCUGUCUCCUCCAGCGUCUUUCCAUACUCUUAUCCAAGUCCAGGGAUGAGGCUUAGAACCUCAAUAAAUAGUACUUUAUUGUUUAAUCUGUGUCUUGACCUGUGAGUAGCCUUGGAAUCAACUUUGUAGGAGCUGGGCCUCAAAGCUCAGCAAGGGAGCGGUUCCUAGGCCCACCCUAGCAGCCUGUGACUUUGAAUAAACAAACAGUUGGACAAAUGGA